AGACUCUACUUGCAGGAGCUAUGGGUUGGGAUCAGUUGUAGUUUUAGAACAGGCAGCCCUGUUAAUCUGUGCAAGCAUAUCAGGCAAAAUCCGAAGAAACAAGGCAAGACAAAAACACAUGUGACAUGUGAAAUCCACUUGGCCAGACAUGUGGAAUCAAACUUCCAGCCUCUGGCUCCACAACCAUAGAUCUAAACCACAGUUAUCUUCAGACCAAUUUAUAGCUUGGAAAUAUUUCUCUUUCCCUUAAUCCAUUCCCUUUUUUCUUGGUCCAGUCCAUCUGUUUAAAAAGCCUUCUUCGCUGCGCCUUGUUUUCUCCUCCUCCUUGCAUUUUUUUUCACAUGCUGAAGAUCUCCCGCUGACAGAUUUACAGGAAGACUAACACCCAUUCUCUGAAAGCGGGAAAAGUUAAGUUUGUGGGAUGAGAUAUGGCUGCUGCUGCUGCUGCUUCCCUCCAGGGUCUCUGUGAGGAAGCCACUUGCUCGAUCUGCCUGGAGUAUUUCAAGGAUCCCGUCACCAUUGAAUGUGGGCACAACUUCUGCCGAGCCUGCCUGACCCGGUGCUGGGAGGGGUCAGGGGACCAAGAGCUCACCUGCCCUCAAUGCCGAGAAAAAGUCCUGAGGAGUCUCGUCUCCAAUCGGCAGCUGGGAAACAUUGUGGAAUUGACGAAGGAGCUCCAUCUUGAAGCGGGAAAGAGAACUGAGGGAAAGGGGGGAGCCUGUGGGAAGCACCGGGAGCCCCUGAAGCUCUUCUGCAAGGAUGAUGAAGCCCCCAUCUGUAUGGUGUGUAAAUGGUCGAAGGAGCACCAAGAUCACCAGGUGGUUCCUCUGGAGGAAGUUGUCCAGGACUACAAGGAUCUCAUCUCCAGCCGCCUGAAGAUUCUGGAGAAAGAGAGAGCCAACAUUUUAACAUAUAAAGCAAAAACAGAAGAAGAAAGCCUAGACCUACUUAAACAGACAGAGGCAGAGAUGAAAAAGACAAAGGAACGAUUCAGAGAACUGAGCUCCUUUUUGAAUGAACAAGAGGAGCUUCUUCUGGCCCGACUGGAAGAGGUGGAGAAGAAGAUUGAAAGGCAAAGAGAGGAGCACCUGGCCAGGCUCUCCGAGGAGCUCUCCUCUCUUGGAGGUCUCAUCCAGGAGAUGGAGGAGAAGCGUCAGCAGCCCCCAGGUGAACUCCUGCAGGAUGUCAGAAACCUCUUGCAAAGGCAUGAGAACAAGGAGUCCUUUCAGAAUCCUGUGGCUUUCCCUCCUGAACUGAAGUGGGAGAUCUGGGAUGUCCGUGAGAGGAAUCAGUUUCUAGCUGAGAUGAUGAAGCAGUUCAGAGAUUCUUUGUUACCUGGAUCCCAACUACAGAAAGCUGCAAAUGUCACCCUGGACCCAAAGACAGCACAUCCCUGGCUCUUUUUGUCUGAAGAUCACAAAAGUGUGAGAUACGGAGAUAGAGAGCAAAGUUUGCCUGACAAUCCUGAGAGAUUCAACAGUAAACUUUUUGUCUUGGGAUAUGGGGGAUUCUUUGCAGGCAGACAUUACUGGGAAGUCACUGUGGGUAGAGGGGGAAAUUGGGCUGUGGGGGUGGCCAGGAAGUCCGUACAAAGGAAAGCCCCUCUUGAAUGUAAAAUUGAAGAAGGGAUCUGGGCUUUCAGGAGCUGGGCAGGUGGCUACAGGGUCUCUGACCUUUCUGUUGAAACUUCUCUUCCUUUGAGUGACAAACUGAGGAGGAUCCGGGUGUCCGUGAACUAUGAAGGGGGGCAGGUGUCAUUUCAUGAUGCUGACACGGGAUCCCAUCUCUACACCUUCUCUGGAGCCUCUUUCUCUGGGGAGACCCUCUUCCCCUUCUUUCGUGUGGGUGGAAGAGGCCCCCUCACAAUCUCCCCUUAAGACAUUCAAGCUGAUCUCGGAGGGAAACUGAAGGACUGCUUGGGUCAAGAGCAUCUCCUUCCUCUUUUUCUAAAUCUCCCCCCAAGAGAUGCUCGUGGCCACCUUCCUCCUCAGAAUACAAACUGAAUCAAUAUUUGUGUGGUAUUUCAAUCACACAAAUAUGUUGCGUGUUUUAUCAUGAGCAUGGGAUGAUGUGGGUGUGAAUGGGGUUGCAUUGACCAGGAACAACAGAAUGCUAUUCCAGUGGAUGGAGAAGCAUCCCUUAAAUAGGGAUAUUUGCUCAAGUUGUCUGAGGGAAAGUUAUAAUGUUGUCUUCUACUAUGCCUAAUAUACCAUUGUCUAUUCGUCUCUUUUGCUCCUGGAGAGUAUAAAGGUUUGAUUUUGUCUAAUUCUUGCAAAAUGGUGACUCCUUCAUACAAUUUUGAUUUCUUAUAUAAAUGAUAAGGGGUUGAUUUGACUUUAGUUUCCCAGGAGAAAGGAAGGAGAAAACCGACAUCAAAGGGAUCCAUGAAAUCCCAGGCUGGCACCCCUGGUGGCUCAUUCUUGAUGAUAUGUCAAUCUGGCCCAGGGACAGUGGAAGGAAGGGAGCUGGCGGCAAUAGGCUGGGGAGACCAUAUUGGUACCUUUGGAUCCCCAGCUCCCACUCCUGUUCCUGAAUCCACACCCAAAAUAUCCUUGAUGCCCAAAGAACAAAGAGGCCAGAGCAGGUUAAAGGAGAGCUCUCUGAAGAGAGAGAGGUUAGGAGAAGGCAGAAGGAGGGCGAGGAAAGAGUUAGAAUGGACAACGACAACUCCCAUUCAGAAGAAGGCUAGGAGAGAGGACUUGAGUUACACCUCAGCAGAACCACCAGGCCCUGGAAAGAAGGAUCUGAAGGAUCGAAUGUCAGCAUUAAGCUGUCAUAAUGGAAUUGUUUAUUAAUUUUUGAGCUAUUUGUCUCACUUAAUGUUCUUUGAACAGAGCCUGUUUGUGUAACGUGUCUUGUUAUUUUGCAACCAAACCACCUCUGACGCUACCAGAUGUAACUUCUCUUGGCUUUA